AUGUCCGAGCCAACGCCUCGCAAGCGCUCGCGUUUAGCCUGCACUUCGUGUCAGUCGCGAAAGCGCAAAUGUUCAGGCGGGCAGCCUUGUAGCACCUGCGCCCAAACUGGUGCGGAAUGCCAAUACAGUGCGCGCAAGAAACGCGCCAGAUCCCAUAGUCUGUACCGAGCGAGCCUGUCACUCAGUGAACGACCAACAGAUGGCUGGCCUCUCCUCGCCGCGCAAGCAGUCCAGGGGGCGUUACCCAUUUCCCUACAGGCCAAUUCUGGUGCCGCGUUUGUUCGCAAGCUUGGGCUCAAUAUUGACCCAGCGCAUGCGCCAAGAUUGCAAUUGUUCGCCUGGAAUGUCGGUGAGAGACGGGUAUCGCCACCGCUAUCGUCGGAGCUUCCCUCGAUGCCUAUCACGCCGAUUCCGACGACUAUCACCAAAGUCAUCUCACAGGAAGAGAUGCGGCGGCUAACAGCUAUUUAUUUCGAGAAAGUCGAUCCAUGCUAUGCAUUUCUGGACCGUAAGAUGAUCUUUACUCGAAUUGCAAAACGCUGGGGAUCUUCUUCAUCUCCCAUUGAUUCUGCGGAACAGCCCUAUGAUGCUGUACUAUGCGGCGUGGCUGCCUUCGGGUAUCUAUUUUCGCGUCGCGAGAUCAUAGCAACGGAAGUCCGACUCAUUGAGACCGCCCGCACUCUACUGGAUAAGAGUAUCCUCGCGGCGGAAACACCGUCGGUCGACAUAGUGACAGGCUGGGUGUUGCGAGCUGCGUAUCUACGCAUGACAGCCUCGCCACAUGCUGCAUGGAUGGCCAGCUGUACAUUGAUGCAUCUCAUCGAAGCUGCAGGGUUACAUCUUGAAACAUCAGAUCCAGAAGCAGCAGGCCUGCUUCAAGUAUCAUCGCCUGAGACGCGCAGUUGCCAAGACGACGAUAUAGGACACCAGGGGACCAGCGAUCCUGAAACCCGGCGAAAGCUCUUUGGCAUGGCUCGUCACCUCAACACAUGGAUUUCCUUUGACCUCGGCCGCUCCCGCGUUGUGCUUCACGGCGCCACAGCCCUCUACCCUACAAACAGACCCCAAUCCCGCAAUCCACCGCAGCAAGCACCGCCCCGAGCACCACGCGCAGACCUCUUCCAUCUCCUCCCGCUCUCCGAAAACCUCGAUCCAACAGGACCCUCACUACAAGAUCUCCCAGAACUCGAAACAGCCCUCAGCUCCGUCCUGGAUCUCCUCUAUUCCGAGCCGUCGCUAAUAUUAGUUCAAUGCAACCUAAUGCUGUGCAUUUACCGCCGUCUCCGCGCUCUAGAUCCACACGGCCCAUUAUCCUCUAGCCUCCUUGACCGCGUCCUUGCACUGGCAGCCCGCGGGCUCUGUGCCGCUCGUGGAAUGGUCGCCUCCACCUGCCCCUGGCACCAAGUUGCCAACGUCCCCUUUCAGGUCGUCUGCUCACUUCUAGCAAUUGACAACCGGGCUGCGUUGGCGCUGCUCGCUGAUGCGAUGCGGACUCUGCGUGAAGUUCUCUCUGCCUAUGAUACACCUUCUAUGCGUGAGGCAUAUUCCACGGCAUACCUACUUAUUGCGUUACAUCAGCGGCGAAAGGAGGAUGAUACCCGUGCUCUUGGUGAGGUUCUGCGGGUCAAUGCCGCUGCUGCGGCUCCACCGGACCAGAGAGAUAGGCACAUUGCAGCGACAGCGUUAGCCGAGCAGAGCCAAAGGCAGGAGCAGGCUGCGUCAGAGUCUCUGGUAUCAGAUGCGGAGUUCUCAUGGCUCGGUGAUUUGAUGAUUGAUAUGCCUAGUCUGCAGAAUUUUGAUCUGGACCAAUUUCUAAUGACGGAUGUCCCAUGGCCUUUACCUGAGAUGGGGAUUUGA